AUGCUGGGUGCCACCGCUCGUUCGCCGGCCGAGUUCGCGUUCACAUGGGGCGACGCCGGCCUCGUCGUGCGCGAUGCCUUCAUCGGACGCCUCGUCUUCCGACCGGGCAAAGGCGCCAAGAAGUCGGCCGUGUCCUUCUGGGAAGCCAAGAAGAUGCUCGAGACGCUGGCCGUCGCCUUUGACCACGCCGCCGUGCUGCCGUCGCCCAAGCUCCAGGGCACGACGGUCGUCGCGCUCACGUUCUUUGAGCGCGCGCGGUUUGAGCACGCACUGCGCACGGUCCGCGAGAUGCCCAACCACACAGUGUACGCAAACGGCGACGCGAUCGAGAUCCAAGUGGCCGAGAUGGACGCGCCAGGGACAUCUUCCUCGAGCCCGCUGCCCGCGACGGCCAUGCACUUUGAGAAGAAGAUGAAAGGCUGCCGCCCCGACACCGUCCAUCUGAGAGGGCUCCCGGCCAAGUGGUUUGAUGUCAACACGGCCGACUUUGCCGAUAUCGACGCCAAACUCACGCACUACAACCACCCGGCGCACAAGCUUCCGCAGCUCUUUGCGCUCUUUGGCGCGCUCGCGCACGUGGAAGUGGUGCCACCGCAGGACGUUGCGGACGACGGCAUCUUGGCGACCGUGCAUUUCGACGUGUACGUGCAGUUCAAGGCCUACGACAGCGUCGUUGCGAUCCUCGAGUGCAUGCAGGGCCAGCGCGUCUUGUGCCACACGGCGCAUCCAAAAUUGAUUGUGCCGCUUUCCAUCCAGCUCGACACGACCGAGUACCUCAGCGACGCCAACAUCCGCCAGCGACGGUUUGCACGCGAGCAGCGACAGAUCCAGCUGGCCCACGAGUUGGUCGAGGCCGAGCAGCGCGCCAAGGCGCUCGCGGCCGAAGUCGCAGCAGCAACCGCUGCGAUCGAACCACUGGCCGCCCGUCUCAAGGUCGCCGAAGCCCGCGCCGAGGCUGCAGUCGAUGCCGUCGACGCCAAGAUGAUCGUACUGCUCAAGCACGCGCUUGGCUCGCUGGACGCCGUUCGGCAAGCGCCGUCUGCGCGCGGCGUCGAAGUUUUCGAGCUCGCACUCGGUGGGUUUGAAAGCCACCUCAAAGUGCUCGACGACACCCGGAAGGCCAAAGAGUUUGCUCUCGCGCGCAAAAAAUGGCAGCAGCGCGUCGCUGAGCAGUGCGAGACGAGCACGGACCACGUCGCUGUCAUUGAAGCCAAGUUUGCCGAUCGUGUUGCGGGCUCGGCCUUUCUGGAGCACCCGGCGCUCGUGGCCGACAUCCGCGCGGCCAAAGCUGCGAUUGCCGCGGCCCGGUCCAUCACGACGCACCCGAUCUCGAUCGACGACGAAGCGACCGAAGACGACGUGCGCGCGUACUUGGACAAGUUGCGCGACGACGUGGACGAAGCCGACUGCAUGGUCGACGCAGCGUUGGCUCGCCUUGCGAUGCUCGCCGAGUACCACGAGUUGCAAAAGCAGGUGACGGACGCCGACGGCCGCGCCGACGCGCUCCUGCAGGCGCUCGACUCCGCGUGGGGCGACAGCACGGCCACGCUCCUUGAAAAGAUCCGACACAUUCGGUCAGUCCUUAAGCGCGCGGCACGUCUACGUGCACUGUCGGCGGCGUUUCGUGCGGCCAACGACGACAGCGAGGAGCUCUGUGCCUCCGAUCCUUCCCUCGCACCUCUCGCCGCGGCGGCCAAGGUGCUUGUAGAGUCUCUCGAUGCCGACAGUGCCGACGACGCAGCGCUCACGGCGUGCGAUGACGCCAUCACGGCAUUUGCAACCGCAGCGAAGGCCAUUCGCGCUACGCGGGCCGAGGCAGCGGCGGCCGAGAAGGCUCGGAGUGAGUCGUUUGCGGGCAUGCAAGCAGCCAAGACGGCGGCCAUCGCUAGCGCUCGCCAACGGCUCCAAGCGUGGCAGGAAGAGGUGGCGGCCGCCCACAAUCUCGAGCGAAUCACCAGCGUCGUCAAGCGCGCCCACAUCCAGAACCGGUGGCCCACGGUCACGUCCAUGGAUCCGCCCGAGGCAAAGCGCCCCAAAAUCGUCCGGUCGUCCUUGAUUGUGCGACAGACGCCGCCCCGUGUGCUCUUGAGCAGCCGUGUUGUUGCCAUUCAAGACGAUGGCCGCGCGCUGUCGCCGCGAUCGCUCGCAGCCGAAAAGGUCGCCCGUGAAGAAACCGCGCUCCGGACCCAAGUGAUCGAGAGCCAGAAGCGCAAGGAAGCGAUUGCGUGUCUCCAGCGACUCAAGGAGAAGGAGCUGCGACAGCAAGCGCUCAAGAGCAUCGCCGAGCGAAGCUCGACCAAGACCACCGCCGACGACGACGACAACACUUAA